AUGAUCAAGACCCCUCUAUUCGGUCAAAAUAGUCGCCAUCUGGCUAGAAGAGCUCUACUGUUCCGACGAGUACCGGUUAAACCCAGUCGGGGAUUCAAUGGUUUUCGAAAGAACGAGAAACCUCUCAAAUCCGAACCAUCAAGACAUUACGUUCUAGGUGCACUAUUAACUGUGCUUAUUCCAUAUACUGGCUACGCCAUAUAUGUGAGUUGUUGUGCUUCCAAAGAGAUUGAAGUUCGUCUAAAGAAAUCAUGGGAUGUGGAACGACUAGCGGAGAAUUACCAGGGAACACUGGUCAAAUAUCUCCCUUUGCAAGUGCUAGGGAGAUAUGAGAACCCGUUUGAUGAGUACAGAAUACAGACCGUUUACGAAUUCUUUUGCAAUCGGUUUGUCGAAUUAUUCCAAAGGAAUAGAGGCGGCAUACCAAUUGACAAGAAGCAAAUGGAUUUACUGAUGCCAAUUCAUACUCCGCGGUGGGACCUUGAUCACGACAUCACAAAGUUCAAAGAUAACUCUAAACCGUUGGAUCACAAGAUUUUGGCUCCAAAUUCGCCUGAAGUUGUGUCGAUUGCGGACCAAAAGCCUGAAAAAGCGGCCCUCUACAACACUUGGCUAGGACAAUCGUGCAAUUAUAUUGUUUACGACGAGCUGAAGAUACUGACUGAUCCAUUGUUCAGCGACUUUCUAUUACAUGAGACACUAGGGCCCAAAAGAAUAACAGAUUUGCCCUGUGAGAUAGAACAGGUUCCAACACCUGAUGUCAUAUUAGUUUCCCACAACCAUCCAGAUCACUUGGAUUUAAAGAGUAUGGAAUAUUGGAAGGAUGGCCAUCCGCUGUGGAUUGUUCCAAAAGGAAUGAAAUAUUUUAUGGAUGAACAUAACGUAAAGAACGUUAUAGAACUAUCCUGGUGGGAGACCUGCGAAUUGCACAAGAACGGUCAAAAAUUUCAUAUAUCUAGUACGCCGGCAAUGCACUGGUCCGGUAGAUCUCUUAUUGACACAAAUCGUUCACUAUGGUGUUCUUUUCUCCUAAGCCAUCAAGGCAAGCCAGUUUUGUUCCAUGCAGGCGAUACAGGCUAUGUGAAAGACCUCUACACAAGGAUUAAGGACCGUUACGGACCGGGUUGCAGGCUAGCACUCUUGCCUUGCGGCCAGUAUUGUCCCGAGUGGCAUCAGAGACCUCGUCACAUAAAUCCCAGAGAGCUUAUCAAGGUGAUGAAUGAUUUGGAGGCUAAAAAUGCCUUGGGAGUACACUGGGGUACUUUCGUCUUGAGUAAUGAGUAUUUCAGAGAGCCAAAGGAGAGGCUUGAAACUCUUGCCGAAUGGAAGGCUAUAAGAGGUAGAUGUUACUGCCCGGAAUUGGGCAGAACUGAAAAGUUUACUUGA